AUGCCAGUCUUGUGGUGGAAGGGCUCCAAUACACUUCGUCCAUAUCUCACAGCCGUUCGCUCGACUUUAACAGCAGCUUUAUGUUUAGAAAACUUCUCAUCUCAAGUAGCGGAAAGACACAAUGCACCUGAAGUUGAAUCAAGAAAGUCGAAAGAAUUGUUAAUGAAUCCUUUGGUCAUUAGUCGUAAUGAAAAUGAAAAGGUGCUGGUAGAGCCAUCGGUCAAUUCAGUUCGUAUCAGUAUCAAAAUCAAACAAGCCGAUGAUUUGGAACGUAUUAUAUGCCACAAGUUUUCUCGUUUCUUGAUGAUGAGAGCCGAGAACUUUGUUAUUUUACGUAGAAAACCCGUUGAUGGCUAUGAUAUUUCAUUUUUGAUCACAAAUAACCAUACAGAGCAGAUGUACAAGCAUAAAUUGGUUGAUUUCAUUGUACAUUUUAUGGAAGAAGUGGAUAAGGAAAUCUCUGAAAUGAAAUUGAGUGUCAAUACUCGUGCUAGAACAGUUGCUGAAAGUUAUUUAGUUCAGUUUGCAUAA